ACUGAACCUUAUAUUGAAUGGCCUUGUAUUAUAACAUUGGCUUCUCUAAAUUUUCAUACUAUUAUUAGAAUGCACUAUUAUUAUUGUCCAUAAUGUGCAAUUUGAAUAUUCUGUAUGAAGUAUGAACUAUCAAUUCAGUAGCCUCUGUAGAUAGAAAUCACUAAGGGUCUGUUUACUUUUGUUUUCAUUUUCUUCUUUCACUUUUAGCUGCAAAAUUGUCACCUUGUUUUCAAAGAUUUGUGGAACAUAAUACAAAUAAGAGUUGUGAUAGGAGACCUGUGGUUAAACAGGUCUACGUUAGGAGGGAAAAGGGGGACAGUUAGUUAAUUUUGUAACUAACUGAUGACAGUCAGGUAGGGACUGUUAAAUUGUAUAAAUAGGAGGGAAUAAGGGAGAAGAAGGAGGGGGAAGAAGUAUUGUAUUUUGGGAGAGAUAGGCACUCUCGAAUUGCCUGAUUCAUUGUAUUCUUUCUUUCUCUUGUGUUGAUAGCAAGAACUCAAGAACAAUAAUACUACAAUCUUUCGUUAUUCUCAAAUUCUCUCUUAAUAUCCAGUUGAGACCUAUCAACUGGUAUCAAAGCAGGUACGAAACAGAGGCGAUCAAAGAUGGAAAAGAAAAUGGAUUUUAGGUUGGAACAGGUGGAAAAGGGAUUGCAAGACAUACAGAAGCGCGCGGUGGAGGAAAGUGAAUGGCGGCGUAACAUCGAGGGGGCUAUGCGCGAAAUGUUGGAGCAGUUGAAGGAGAUGAGAGUAACCAUGGGAAGCAACGGCCGCGAAGGGGACGAAAUUCAUGGGGACCCAAGAGCGGAAAAGAAAGGGUGGAUGUGGCGAAACCUGGAAUUGCCGCUGUUCCAGGGGGAGGACGUGUUAGGAUGGGUUGGGCAGAUGGAGAGAUAUUUCCGAUUGAAGGGGGUAUUGGAGGACGAAAAAGUGGAGGUUGCGAUGGUGGCGAUGCAGGGGAAGGCGUUGACGUGGUUUCAAUGGUGGGAAGGCAGAAAUCCAAAUUCUGCGUGGGUGGGUCUCAAAGGGGCCUUGUUGAGACGGUUUCAGCCAGAGAUGGUACAAAACCCGUAUGAGGUAUUGUUGGGCCUUAAGCAAGAAGGGAGUGUGGCUGAUUACAGGGAAAAAUUUGAGGCAAAUUCUGGGCCUCUCCGGAUCGGGGAUACCAAUUAUUUGAAGGGGAUUUUCUUGAAUGGUCUCAAGGAGGAGAUUAAAGGGGAAUUGAGGUUGCAUCAACUCAAUUCAUUAGAAGAAAUUAUGGAUUUGGCCCUGUUGAUAGAGUCCCGAAAUUCUAUUCUCAGGAAAGAAGGGGGUGGAUCGUCUGCUACUAAUAACAGAGGGGGAUGGAGCAAGAGGAACCUACGGUGACGAAGGAAGAAGGAAGAACAAAUUGGCGGCGCAUGACAGAUGCGGAGUACCAAGACAGGAGGAGAAGAGGGAU